UAUAAUCCCACAUCUAUCAUUUAGCGCUACGCUGCCAUUACGGACCGGCGAAUUCGUGCUAUAAAUUGGAGCCGGCAAGACUUUGCGGCUAGUAACGCAAUAUUCUGGACCUCGAACGGAUGGGACGGCAGUGAACACAUGGCCUCUGUUAGUGCGCCGUACUGCUUGCGAUAUCCGGAAACUACGCACGCAAGGCUCCUUUCGUUGACAACCGUAAAGACUGUCAUCACGACUCUGCAGGGAGUCUCAGCCCUUAUGCUUUUGAUUGGAGCCAUUACUGGGUCUUCGAUGCUUGCAGGCCAUGUUGGAUUCGGCGUCGAUACGAUAUUCUUCCCGCUUACGAUAUUGGGACUGUUACGACUAUGCGCCGCCGCAUGGUUGACAGAAGACUACGUUUAUCAGGAUUAUGGACAGCGAACAAACUCUACGUGGGAGAUGACUUCGCAAAGUUCACAGAGGCCUGUCGAUAAAGAUCGUGAGAUCAAUGUCCAUGAAUCUCGCACUGGACUAGACCCGCUACUGGUAUCGAGGUUCCAAUCCGCCGGCUUUAGGUCUCCUAAAUCCUCGUGGGGCAGCCGUAUAUUCCGAUUCUUCUUUCUGAGCAUGCUUUGGGGGAUUUGGGUGUUGGCGGUUUUCUGCAUUGUACCAAGUAUUGGUGGCGGAGUGACAUACUAUACCACUACUUCUUUCUUACUCAGCUUGUAUUAUUUAAUCUUCGCUACUGUAACCGCCGCCAUUUAUACCUUGUUCUUUUUCCGAGGCAAGACGACAAACACCAUAUUACCGUGCAUAUCCAGCACAUGGUACAGGCUCUACACCAUUUUGUUCACGGGCCUCAUGAUCGGCCUUGUUGUCAUUGCGAGCAUAGAAACAAACAAGACCGUUGAGGGUAACUAUAGCAGUUGGGAGCCAAUGGAGAAUCUUGGAUGUUUGGGCCCCGAUGAUUGGUGGCUGCUGGGGCCAUCGUCUUGGAUGAUAGGCCUUGUAUACCGGAGAAAAUUGGACGAAGAAUGGUUUCCGCAAGAUCAAGCAAGGUUGCCGGUGGCAAGUGUGAAUGGGACGAACUCUUCUACCCCAGAGACGUUCUGGGUGCACAAUUUCACGGGCUACUGCGUAGGAAGUUUAGCUGGUUUAUAACACAUGCGUAUAGACGGGACUGGUUAAUAUAGACCAUGUUACACAGUAAAUGUCAAUAAGCGACUAGUUAUCUCUCAAGCAUGC